GCCUUGCAGACGGCAGAAGGCUCUCAUUUGGAUGGCUCUUGAAACUGGCCCCAAGUUGUCUGUGUUAUAUUUCAGACUUUCACGACUUUUCUGGGACUUUUUAAAGCGAGUUUAAAGACUUGGGAAAUUUAAUAAGAUCCCAUAGAUUGUUUUGAGCAUCGUGUAAGAUUUUAUUCGGAAAAAUGAGUGAACUUGGCAUCAUACUGCUGAUUCUGUGUAUCGGUCAGAUUCAUAGCACCUAUGGGCAGGAAUGUCCUAGUACUCAGGAGCUGCAAAUUUCCCUACGCCAAGCACAAAAGCUGCUGGCGUCACACGAGGCCUCGUACCUGCAGAGUCUGCGCAGCCUGAAGAGGAAAAUCAGCCAGCUGCAGAACAGCACGGCCCGCAUGCCUUCCAGACCCGGUGACGCUUCCUGUCCCAAACUGGACACUCCUGUCAAUGGGCGAAAAUUAGGGAAGGUUCUACUUCCGGGUCAUGAGGUUCACUUCUUGUGCGAUCCGGGCUACGAGCUGGUGGGGUCAGAGACCCGGCAGUGUAAGGACACCCUCACCUGGAGCGGCCAGCAAGCCGUCUGCAAGGAAAGAAACGAGUGUGCCUCUUCACCCUGUGCCAAUGGGGGUUCAUGCACAGAUGAAGUGAAUGGAUUCACAUGCGUAUGUGCCAGAGGAUGGGCUGGACCUACAUGCCAGUCUCCGACCCCGACGUUUUUCGCCACCACAACCAACAUCUCUGCCUCCACCUCUGGAGCUGCAGCUGCCACCACGUUCCCUUUAACGACUCUGCUUCCAUUUGUGCAGCCGUCCAAGUGCAGCCAGGUCCAGGGCACCACACACUGCAGCUGUGAGGCGGGAUACACCAUUUCAGGCCGGGACACCAGCAUCUGUACAGACAUUGAUGAGUGUGAAGUGUUCCAUAACGGCCCGGCAGGUCGUUUGUGUGUUCAUGCUUGCGUUAACACCCCGGGUGGUUAUCGCUGUUCGUGCCCAGCUGGCUACCAAGUGAGCCGAGAUGGCCGAAGCUGCAGAGAUAUUGACGAAUGCGCCACACGGCAGAACAACUGCACCCGUGAUCGCCUGUGCGUCAACACCUAUGGCGGUUUUCAAUGUGUAAAGGUGGAGUGUCCGCGCACCCGGAACGUCACCUACGCCAAAACCUCGCCCACGCGCUGUGAGAGAAACCCCUGCCCUGUAGACAAUAAAGCGUGCUCUCAGGCUCCCGUCUCCAUCUCCUACCACCACAUGUCAGUGGUGUCAAAUCUCUCGGCUCCGAGGGUCUUGUUCCGUGUCUCAGCGCUACGGAUGAUUGGAGAUGCUCUGCGUUUCGCUGUGUUAGAGAGCCGCGGGAGACGCCAUUUCAGCAUCCAGCGGUCAGACCGGCAGACCGGAGAGCUGCUGCUGCUCAGCCCCAUCCAGGGCCCUGACACUCUGGAGGUGGAGGUGGAAAUGAGCGAGCUGGAGAAGAGGGAGCUGAUCGGGCGCUACAUCACCAAGAUCACCUUUUUCAUCUCACAGUACGAGUUCUAGAGUUCAAGAGGAAUGUUAAAAUUGUCAAUCAUAAUUACAAUAAUAAUAAUAUUAAAUAAUAAUGAUAAUAUAGAUUUGACACUUCGACUGGAGAAUAGAUUUACUGUAUGAUAAAUCCAUUCGGAGUUCUAAAUGAUAGUAGGGUCAAAAAAUCCAGUUAAAAUUUUUUUCCAGUUUUAAUUUAGUUUAUUAUUCCAUAUUUUAUCAUAUUGAUUGUAAUUUUUUAUACACAUUCUCUGUCAAAUUAAAUUUCCCAGACAGUAAUACUGUACAUCAUGUUUAACUCAUUUAAAGGAGCCCUUUGUGAUUUUUAGCCUCUGCUGCUGCUUGAAUUGUAAUAAAUAAUAAUUUUUUUUAAAGUAUUAAAAAUUAUUUGACCUUCCAUCUUCACUCACCCU